AUGGAUUCCCAGGAGAUUGACAGACUAGCUCAAAAGGCUUUGGAUGACCUCAGAUCGGGCAGUGCCCAUUCCAGAGUCGUGAUCGGUAUUGCUGGCGUCCCCGGUUCAGGUAAAACAACGCUUGCCACAGCUGUAGCAUCUAGAAUCAACCAAAUUCAAGGAUCAGCGGAAGAUUUGGCAGUAUCCAUUCCCAUGGAUGGUUUUCACUAUUCUCGCAAGCACCUAGCCAACAUGCCGAAUGCUGAAGAGGCUAUUCAUCGACGCGGGGCCGCAUUCACCUUUAACGGCGAAGGUUUCUUCAACCUGGUGCAAUCGCUUGUCAACUCACCAACGGAGCUUAUAUAUGCACCUUCAUUUCACCAUGAGAUUAAGGACCCGGUGGCCAACUCUAUCCCAAUCCCUCCCAGCGCAAGGAUUGUCCUGAUCGAAGGCAACUACUGCGCACUAGAUGAGGCUCCCUGGAGAGAUGCUGCAGCACUGAUGACACGGCUGUGGUAUGCUGAUGCACCUGCUGAGGUGGCUCAUUCAAGGUUGGCCCCGAGACAUCUAGCCAGUGGAAUUGUUGCAGACGAGCGGGAGGCCUGGAAAAGGGCAACAGGCACUGAUGAGCUAAACGCUCAGCAUAUUCGGACGAAGCUCCUGAAAGUGGAUGAGAUCAUAAAGUCGGGCUAG